GGGGCUCCAUUCGCUCGCGCCCGGGCCGCGGAGGAGAAUGUGAGAAACGGGGGAAAAUGCCCAGGAGGAAGCAGGAGCAGCCCAAGCGCCUUCCCUCACAUGUUAGUAGGCAGGACGAGGCGGAGGGCGAACUCAGCGAGGGAGAGCCGUGGUAUGGGAACUCCUCGGAGACCCCCUCGGAGGCGUCCUAUGGAGAAGUCCAGGAGAACUACAAGCUGUCGCUGGAGGACCGCAUCCACGAGCAGUCCACGUCCCCCGACACCUCCCUGGGGAGCGCCACCCCCAGCAGCCACACCCUGGAGCUGGUGGCGCUGGACGGUGAGGUUCUGCGCGACUCCCUGCAGUGUCAGGGCCACCUGUCACCCAGCGUGUCCUCCCUGUGCGACGACGACCCCCCGGGCUCCGCCAAGCCCCUGAGCAGUAACCUGCGACGGCUGCUGGAGGCCGGCUCCCUCAAACUCGACGCCGCGGCCACCCCGGCCAACGGCAGGGCUGAGUCCCCGGUGGCCGUCGGCGCGAACCUCUCCUUUUCCCCACCGUCCCACCAUGCCCAGCAGCUCAGCGUCCUGGCCAGGAAGCUGGCCGAGAAGCAGGACCCGAACGACCAAUACACUCCAAGUAACCGUUUUAUCUGGAAUCAAGGUAAGUGGUUGCCUAACUCAACCACCACCUGCGGCUUGUCCCCGGAUUCUGCCAUCCUCAAACUGAAGGCCGCAGCCAAUGCCGUUCUGCAGGACAAGUCUCUCGCCAGGACGGAGGAGACCAUGCGAUUUGAGCCCUUUUCCUCCCCUUUUAGCGCCCAGUCCGCCAGUUCCACGCUGGCGGCUCUGUCCAAGAAAGUCAGUGAGAGAAGCUUGACGCCCGGGCAGGAGCAUCUUCCUCCGGCCAGCUCCUUCCUCUCCCUGGCGUCCAUGACCUCCUCGGCGGCCCUUCUCAAAGAGGUGGCAGCCAGGGCGGCAGGCAGUCUGCUGGCCGAGAAGUCGUCCCUGGUGCCCGAGGACGCCCUGCCGCCACCGCCUUCGGAGAAGAAGCCGGAGAAAGUCAGCCCGCCACCGCCGCCGCCGCCCCCACCGCCGCAGUCCCUGGAGUUACUGCUACUCCCCGUCCCCAAGGGAAGAGUUUCCAAACCCUCCAGCUCAGCCUCAGAAGAGGAGAGCGGGAAGCCUUUCCAGUGCCCCAUCUGUGGCUUGGUCAUCAAAAGGAAGAGCUACUGGAAGCGACACAUGGUGAUCCACACGGGUCUCAAGAGCCAUCAGUGUCCGCUCUGCCCUUUCCGCUGUGCUCGCAAGGACAAUCUCAAAUCCCACAUGAAGGUCCAUCAGCACCAGGACCGGGGGGAGACCUUCCAGUGCCAACUCUGCCCUUUCACCUCCUCGCGCCACUUCAGCCUCAAGCUCCACAUGCGCUGCCAUCAGCACUUCCUGAGGACAGAAGCCAAGGUGAAGGAGGAGAUCCCAGACCCCGAUGUCAAGGGUUCGCCCCACCUCAGUGACAGUGCCUGCCUGGGGCAGCAGAGGGAAGGAGCAGGGACAGAGCCCGAGAGGACUAGCCAGGGUGGGGCCGGCGUCUCGCCCGUGCUGGUGAAGGAGGAGCCCAAGGAAGAUAACGGCCUGCCAGCCUCCUUCCCCCUGAGCGCCGCCGGCAGGCCAGCCAAGCACACAAAGCUGAAAGAGCCGCCCGAGUGUGUGGCCAGCGGUGCGGCCGCCCUGUUCAGCCAGGACAUCUCUGUUAAGAUGGCGUCUGAUUUUCUCAUGAAGCUGUCAGCUGCAAAUCAGAAGGAGCCCAUGAAUCUUCAUUUUAAAGUGAAAGAGGAGCCCAAGGAUGAGGAGACGCUCGGUGCCACCGUGCCCCGGUCCAGCUACGUGUUCAGUCCAGAAUCGGAUGUGCCAGCCCCAGGCAUCGCUGAGGACACGCUGAAGACCCAGGAGGGGAAGGGGAAUGUCCUAAGGCGGGAUAUGUCGGUCAAGGCAGCAUCAGAACUUCUCAUGAAGCUAUCAGCGGAAAGCUUCAAGGAGACGCAGAUGGUGAGGAUUAAAGAGGAGCCCAUGGAGGUUGACAUCCAGGACGCAUACGUCUCCGUCUCACCCAGCCGGAAUGUUGGCUACAGCACUUUAAUCGGGCGAGAGAAAGCCGAGCCCCUCCAGAAGGUGCCAGAGGGCAGAAUGCCUCCGGAGAGAAACCUCUUCAGCCAGGACAUCUCAGUGAAGAUGGCCUCGGAGCUGCUCUUCCAGCUGUCAGAAAAAGUGAGCAAAGAACACAAUCACACGAAAGAAAACACCAUCCAGACCACUACCAGCCCUUUCUUUUCAGAAGAUACAUUUAGACAAUCACCAUUCACCUCCAAUUCAAAAGAUCUGCUGCCCAGUGACCCUCUCCUCCCAGGAAGAAUAUCAGCGCCAGAAACGGAGAAGAUCGUGCUAGAGGCUGGCAAUGGGUUACCGUCCUGGAAAUUCAACGACCAGCUCUUCCCCUGUGACGUGUGUGGGAAAGUGUUCGGCCGGCAGCAGACGCUGUCCCGGCAUCUCUCGUUGCACACGGAGGAAAGAAAAUACAAAUGCCACUUGUGCCCGUAUGCUGCUAAGUGCCGUGCGAACCUCAACCAGCACCUGACGGUGCACUCCGUGAAGCUGGUGAGCACGGACGCCGAGGACCUCGUCAGCGCCGUCACCUCCGAAGGCGGGGAUGGGAAGAAGCACCCCUACUACUAUAGCUGCCAUGUGUGUGGAUUCGAGACGGAACUCAACGUGCAGUUCGUCAGCCACAUGUCACUGCACGUGGACAAGGAGCAGUGGAUGUUUUCCAUCUGCUGCACGGCCUGCGACUUUGUCACCAUGGAGGAGGCCGAGAUCAAGACACACAUUGGCACCAAGCACACAGGGGAAGACAGGAAGACGCCCAGCGAAUCCAACAGCCCCUCUUCGUCCUCGCUGUCUGCCCUGAGCGACUCGGCCAACAGCAAGGACGAUUCCGACAGCUCUCAGAAGAACAAGAGCGGGAGCAACCUGCUGGUCAUCUCCGUGGUGCCCGGGAGUCAGCCUUCCCUGAACAGUGAGGAGAAGCCAGAGAAAGGGUUCGAAUGUGUUUUUUGCAACUUCGUCUGCAAGACGAAGAACAUGUUUGAGCGCCACCUGCAGAUCCACCUCAUCACGCGGAUGUUUGAGUGUGACGUGUGCCACAAGUUCAUGAAGACCCCCGAGCAGCUGCUGGAGCAUAAGAAAUGCCACACUGUCCCCACUGGUGGGCUCAAGUGCCCAUUCUGCAUUUACUCCACCAACCGCCCCGCUGCCAUGGAGUGUCACCUCAAGACCCACUACAAGAUGGAGUACAAGUGCCGGAUCUGCCAGACGGUGAAGGCCAACCAGCUGGAGCUGGAGACGCACACGCGCGAGCACCGCCUGGGCAACCACUACAAGUGCGAGCAGUGCGGCUACCUGUCCAAGACGGCCAACAAGCUGAUCGAGCACGUGCGCGUGCACACCGGGGAGCGGCCCUUCCACUGUGACCAGUGCAGCUACAGCUGUAAGCGCAAGGACAAUCUCAACCUGCACAAGAAGCUGAAGCACGCGCCGCGCCAGACCUUCAGCUGCGAAGAGUGCCUCUUCAAGACCACCCACCCCUUCGUCUUCAGCCGCCACGUCAAGAAGCACCAGAGCGGGGACGGCCCCGAGGAGGACAAGAAGGCCCGGGGCCCCGCCCCCCGGGAGCCGGCCGGCCCGGGCGCCCCGCUCCUCGUGGUCGGCAGCAGCUCCCGGGACCUCCUGUCCCCCCUCUCGGUCAUGUCGGCCUCCCAGGCCCUGCAGACCGUGGCCUUGACCGCUGCCCACGGCAGCGCCUCGGAACCCAGCCUGGCACUCAAGGCCCUGACCUUCGGCGGCCCCCCGUUGCGCCUCGACAAGUACCGGAACUCGGACUUCGCCCACCUCAUUCCCUUGACCACGUUGUACCCCAAGAACCACUUGGAGCUCACAUUCCACCCGCCCCGCCCGCAGACUGCGCCCCCCAGCAUCCCCUCCCCCAAGCACUCCUUCCUGGCCUACCUGGGUCUCAGAGAACGAGCAGGGACGGUCUGAGGGCCGCGCUGCUCUCCACCAAAAACCAAGGGACAGACACGAACACGAAAGCCCACCCGGGAAACUUAACGCGCCCCGCCGGCAGGUGUUUGUUGCUGCAAAUCCCCGAGGC